ACAAUUAAACAUUAAUUAACUAGAAAUUUACCUCUAAUUGUAAUUGGAAAUUAACUUGGUGAUUAUCAAGAAUCAAAUUAUCAACAAUAUUUAAUUAUUAUUCUGAAAACCUUUAAUCAACUCAAACGAUUAUAAUAAUAAUCAAGGUAAGAUGAUUAUUGAAUUGUAACAAUUAUCUAAUUGUCAAUUUAAUGAAUGAUUAACGAUGGAAUUGAAUUUUGAAAAUAUUUGUUUUUCGUCAAAUCAUCAUAAUCGGUUACUAAUCAAAUGUAAACAAUUUAUUAACAAUCAAUUGGUAAUUAAAAAGAAAAACUUGUAAACAAUUAAUUUAACUUUCUGUCUACAUUGAGUUAUAUUGAUUAAAUUGUUUUUUCUAAAUCAAUGACAAUCAAUUAAUCUAUUGAAUCUUUUUAUUCUUAUAACGGUAAUUUUAUAUUCACAGGUAAAAGUGACCCAGAAACAAUUAGAGACACACAAUUAAGAGUAAACUAAAUUACAGGCCUAACCUGUAAAUUGUAUUUUCCACUUAACAGAAUUAAUUUAUUGUUAAUUCACUGUGAUCAAAUUUAGUUGAUUCCCCAAUUGAUGAUGAUGAUGACCGGCGAUUUCUGGAUUUGAACGUAAUCAACUUCCUUCUUCAUCAUCAUCAUCAACAAUCAGUCAACAAUAAUCAUCUAAUUUAGUUUAUUUCUCUGUUUAAAUUGUUAAACAAUCAAGUAAAUCAAGUGAUCGAAAUUAUUUUUUUUACUCUCAACAAUUUUCUUAAAUGUGUAUUAGUCUAUUGCCUUUAACCUUUCAUCGGAUUAGAAACAAUUAAUCUCACUAAUUGUCCACCAAUUGGUUACAAUUAGUCGACUCAAUCAUGUUUAAGUUAAUCAAUCCAAUGGAUUUAAUUUUUAUACUCUCAAUUAUCUUAAGUUUAACUGUUUUAUCUUACAAUCAAUCAUCAAUUGAAUUUGGUAAAAAUGAAGAUACUUCAAAUAUUAAUGAGAAUCGUAUUCAGAAAACAGAUAGGAUUUUACGACCUAUGGAUGAAAACAAUAUGUCACCAAUGAAUUCAGGUCAACAAGUGAUCCAAAAUGUACCGAUGUUACAACAAGGCGCUGGUAAUUAUGAUCCAAUUGAAUCUUCAUACCAACGGCAACAACAACAGCAAUCAUUUCAAUCAAUGGACACUAAUUAUCAAAUUAACGGUCCAGUUGAUUCAAUGGGAUCGCGAAUUCAGCCUGGGGGCAAUUUCCCCGGUGAUCUUCCAGUACCAGGAAUUCCCAUUCAGCCAGGAAUGAGUAACAUCGAUCGACAUAUGCCUGGAAUGCUUGGAGAUAAUUGCUAUCAGAAAUUAAGAUAUUAUAUGGCCUCUUGUGAAGAUGCUCUUCUACAGCGACAAAGGGACACUCGAAAUGCUCGAACUGCCCCCGAUAUUCAAAGAAGACUUUGUUGUUCACUUUACUUUUAUCACGAUUGUUUAAGUAAAGUGGUUGUCCAGCAUUGUCGAGAUGCGAGUCCAAUGGUCGUUAAUCUUGUUAUGCCAGAGAAUCGUCGUCGUGAAAUGGUAAUUAAUUGUCGCACUCAAACAAGAGACCAAUGUAAUGGAUCAAAUCAAAUUACAAUUAACUUAUUUUCAACAAUUUCUUUGAUAUUAGUUGUUUACUUUCUAUUGAUUUAGAUAUUUAAACUGUUCUCUGUAAUCUGUGUAAUACAUUAAUUGUCAUAUUAAUUCAUCUCUAUCUUUGUUUUUUUUAUUGUUACCAAACAUUAAUCACAAUUGGAAUCAUAAUUUUUCAAUUAGUUUAAAUAUAUUUGUCUAAUUGUCUCAAAGCCAAAUCAUCAACAUUAUAAAUUGUAUUUCUCCUUUUACCCUUUUUCUUGCUUUCUCUCUAUCUCAUAACUCAUAACCAUAGAUAAAAAUUAUA